CAUAAAAUGCCCGACUCUUGAGUCUUGAUCUUUUCCGAGUACCCCCAAAGCCUGACGAAUCCCUAACUCCUGAAAACUUAAACUCAUAACCUUCUUGAAUUCCUGAUGCUAAUCCCUUUCCGAGUUUCAGAUUGCCAGAGCAGCUUUGGUCUUUCCUUUUCAUCUGUGUUUGCUACUUUAAAAUUUCCAAUUUUGUCGGUUCUUUUCUAUAUCUGCUAUUUACUCACUCUGAGGGAUCCUCAUGUGGUUCUUCGUACCGGGUGAUUUUUUUUUUUGGGUUGGAUGUUUACUGGGUGAUUGGGAAAGGGUUUAGUAUGGUUUCUUUUUUAUACAUGUAGAUCUUGUCUGACUUCAUUCUUUUCUAGUUAGUUCAAAGUUGUCUCCUCGUUUGUAGCUCAGAAUAAGAGAUGCCGAGAGAGGUUGAUCCAUUUCGGAGGCAUGUGGAGGCUGUGGCGAAAAAGUGGAAGUGUAAGUUUUGUGGCAAGGAUUCUGGUGGAAGUGCUACAAGGAUCAGGGCACACCUCGCGGGGUUCUGGGCUACGGUAUUAAACCAUGCGAGAGAGUUGAUGAUCAUGUGAGAUCCCGAGCUUUGAAAGCAAUGAAAUGAAAGGUAAAAGUGUGGCGGAUGCAACCAACAGUGGGGGCGCAUCUAUUGAGUUAAUGGGACGAAGAAAUGAUGGUAUGGGCCAAAUUGUAGUCCUUGGUAGUGACCAUGCUUCAAGUCCCCAUGACAUGCAGAACUUGAAUCAAAACGUCCCAGAGCAACCAUCUUGCCCUUGGCAGAAUGGAAGUGUUGCUGGUGCGGCUUCAGUAGAUUGUCAGUAUCAAGAGUCCUUGUGUCUCGCUGACAUGCUUGCGGGUGAUACAGAAAUGCCGCCGCAACCCAAUGGGCCAAUUCAACGCUUGAAUGAUGAACAUGGAAACAAAAAAACUUCAUCGCUCCAGCAACCUUCAACUGAUCCAGCGGCUUCGAUCUUUCUUGAUCCGAGUCAACUACCAGAGCUUUUUGAUCAGUUAAUUGAUCUUGAGCGAAGGUAUGAACAACAGAAUAGUAGAGGGCCAUCACCAUUGCAAAGUCAUCGAUCCCUUAAUAACAGCGUGACAAAUGGGUUGCAUCAGCCAACUAGACCUGGUGUUCCUGUGCCUUGUCCCCGUCUCAGUGACACAAGUACAAUUGGCACUCCCCAGCAUCCCAAUCAAAUACAUUCUGGCUUUGAUGAGCAAUGGAGAGGUGAAAGUGCUUCAUGUCUGCAAAUAUAUUCAGCAGAGUGGGCAUCUUAUCCUCUUGAUAUGCCCUAUCAGCCACAGCAUUCCAUUCCACCUUGUUAUGUUGAGGAAAUGCAAAUAAGUGACCUGCAGAAUCGAACGGGUCCAUCGUCAUCACAAAAUGAUCAAUCCCUUCAAGUAGGCACUUCAAAUUGUUUGCAAGACUGCAAUCAAAUCCCUAUUGCCGAAGUAGUUCUGCUGUCCAAUGCCACAAGUGUAACCAAUGCUGUUGAACAUUUUAGUCAACAGCCACUUCUGCUAGGUGAUGAAGAAUGUGAAAAUGAGACUAGUUCCUUUCCCUUACAAGCUUUAAUGGACAUAUCUCCGCCACGUGCAUCACAGCCUUCCACUGGUCCUCACUCUUUUGAGAAACUGGACGUAGAUUGCCAAGUUCCAAGGGGCGGAACUAACACAGAAGGCCCAUUGUCAUUACAAGCUUCCAGGCACCCUCCAUGUCAAAGUCUUCCAGAUCAACCUCUUAAUCUUGAGACAAUGAACACCGAGCAUCACCCAAGUGUCUCCUCAUCAUCAUCACAGAAUAACCAGUUCUUGAUUACAUGUAUCCCACAAGCUCCAAUGGACACAGAUGUGAGUAGUCCAUCAUCAUCGCAAGCUAUUUAUACAGGCAUGCCAAUCACGAGUCAUCCAAACACUGGCAACUUUGAAAAUAAUGGAGAUUUGAAAAGAAAGGUAGAACGACUCUACAAUAGAGAAGCUGACAUAAAGAAUGAGUUAGAAUUUGCUGCAUCUCUAUCUCUGAAGAAGCGGAGAAUAGAAGUUGUGAAUUGGUUGACGAACGUGGAAAAGCUGAGGAAAAUUUCCAAAGUCUUGAACCAGUGAGCGCAGAAAAUUUGCCACCACAACAACAGGUGGAUAUGUUGAUGAAAGAAGCAGAAGACCUUAUCAUAAAAAGCAAAUUUCCAAAAGGACUGUUUGAGGUGGGAGAUGCCAAAGUCAAUAUAUUAUUAGAACGAAAGUUGCAGGCAGGUAAGGCAUUUGAGACAAAUACUAAGAAGAUCUUGUGGUGCCUAACAGAGGAUCACAUAUCACGAUUAGGUAUUUAUGGUAUGGGGGGUGUCGGGAAAACAACCAUUAUGGUGCACAUACAUAAUAGGCUCCUAAAAAAAACAAAUCAUAUUAAUGUAUUAUGGAUUGCUGUGUCACAAGAUCUCAGCAUACAUAAGUUGCAAGGUGACAUUUGGAAGGCGCUAAAAUUAGGUGGUCUAAAAGAAGAGGAUACAAUGAAACGAGCGGCAAUGUUGUUUCAUCAAUUAAGUAAAAGAGGGAAGUCUGUACUUAUCCUUGACGAUGUAUGGGAACAUUUUGAUCUUGAUGAGGUGGGUAUCCCUGUUGAAGCUGAUGGACUUAAGUUGGUGUUAACAACUCGGUCCUUCGAAGUAUGCCCCCAGAUGCAUUGUCAGGAGAAGAUAAAAAUCGAACCUUUGUCUCCUAAUGAGGCACAAAGCCUAUUUUUGAAGGAACUUGGACCUGAAGCUCUUAGUUUGGAAAUUGAAGCUGUUAUGAAGCUAAUUGUAGAAGAAUGUGCUGGUCUACCACUAGGAAUCGUCACGAUGGCAAGAACCAUGAGAGGAGUAAGUGAUCUGUUUGAAUGGAGGGAUAUCUUAGAGAGAUUGAAAAAAUCUAACAUGGGGCAAAUGGAUAUGGAAAAGAAGGUCUUAGCAAAUUUAAAAUUAAGUUACAGUCGCCUGAGUAAUCAUGAAGUCCAACAAUGUUUCUUAUGCUGUGCACUUUAUCCAGAAGACCGACCGACUAAUUCAUAAGUUUGAGCUGAUAGAAUUUUUUAUUGAUGAAGGAUUGAUUGGUGGAUUGGAUAAGAGGGAGAAAUGUUAUGAUAGAGGUCUUACCAUACUGAACAAACUCGAAAAUGUUUGCUUGUUGGAAAAUGAUCGGGGUAUGGUCAAGAUGCAUGAUUUGAUCAGAGAUAUGGCUUUACAUGUCAUGAGUGCGACUUCCAUGGUUAAAGCGGGCAAGGGUUUGACAAGGCUUCUGAGUGAGGAAUGCUGGAUGGAUGGUGUAGAGAAAGUUUCUUUCAUGGAGAAUUACAUUAGGGUUAUUCCAUCGAACUUGUCACCAAACUGUCCUAAACUGGCGACUUUGCUAUUAAAUGGUAGCUUAUGGGGGAAUGUACUGAUCCCUAACUCUUUCUUCAAGCGAUUGGAGGGGUUGAAGGUUCUAAACCUGAGUGAAUGUGGGAUCAGAGAGCUUCCCAAUUCCAUUUCAGAUUUGGUAAACUUAAGGGCAUUGUUGUUGAGGGAGUGUUGGGAAUUGUGUCGUAUUCCUUAUUUAGGAAAGCUGAGUUCAUUGAGGAAGUUGGAUGUUCAUGGAUGUAGAUAUUUGAAAGCAGUGGAGGGCUUGGAAACGUUGGUAAACUUGAGAUACCUCGACUUAUCCAAAUCAGGUAUAGAAAGAUUAGUGGAAGGGAAUUUGGUAGGUUUGGCAAACUUGCAAUAUCUUAAGAUUGUGGAAGUGAAGGGAGAAGACGUGACAAAGUUAUGGGCAUUGGAGACUCUUGAUUCUUCUUUCCAGAACGUCGUUGAUUUUAAUAAAUACAUGAGAUUUCUCCAACAGAGUGGCCCUCAUCACUAUUACCAACUUGUGGUGAAUCAAGAAAAAUCAUUGUGGUUUGUGAGUGUAUAUGAUGAUCCAAGAUUUGGGACUUCGGAGAGGAAAAUGUACAUUGAUUGUUGCAAUUAUGCUAUUGUCAGGGCAGGAGGGGAAAGCAAUGAGGAUUCUAUUUUGAUUGCGCCAGAUGUGCAGAGAUUGGUGGGGAGAAAAUGUGGAGGCAUGACAAAUUUGUCCAACAUCGGCCCACUUGAAAGCCUCAAGGUGCUAAUAAUGGAAGAAUGGGUAAACUUACAGAUGCUUUGCGGAGGAGUAGAUGAAGUAAUCGACAAUCAUGACUUCCCUCUCCUAUUCCCUAGCCUUAAGAUGCUGACUGUCGAGAGAUGUCCCAAACUGAAUUAUCUCUUUGGGAAUCGUUCUAAAGUUACGCUUCCGCAUCUAUGACAGAUUGUGAUAAAAAACUGUGAGGAAUUACAAGGGAUAACUGCAGCAGGAGCAAUAUUUGCAACGCCACUCCCUGCCUUCCCUAACCUAGAAAAGAUUGUGAUAGAGCGCUGUGCCAACAUGAAGAGCAUGGUGGAAUCUGAGUUGCUGCCUCACCUUCCUAACCUGAGAGAGGUUACAGUACAGCAUUGUGAGAAAAUGAAGGAGAUAAUUGGAAGGGCUCCCCAAGCUAUGCCACCCGGUGCCCUUUCUCUUCUUACGUAUCUUUGGAUAGAGCGAUGCCCCAACAUGCAGAAGCUUCUUACUCAUGAAUUGCUGCUCCACCUCCCUAAUAUCCAAGGCAUUCUAGUGCAUGACUGCAAAAGGAUGGAGGAGAUAAUAGGCUGUGAAGGACAGCAGCGACAACUAGGAGAUGAAGUCAGCUGUAUAAACAUCAGUACCAUCCAUUCCUCCUUGCCAAAGUUAAACUUCUUGAAUCUAAUUACACUACCAGAACUGGAGGGCAUAUAUGAUGGGACAAUAAAUUGUGAUUCCAUCCAAAAUAUUGGAUUAUUGGAUUGUCCGAAGCUGAAGAGGAUUCCUUUGCAUCUGCCCAUACUAAAUAACAGCUUCCCUUCUCUUAGGGAGAUAGUAGUAGAUGAUGAGGCAAGUUGGGAGUCGCUGGAGUGGGGUCUUCCUCAUGUCAAGUCUCUGCUUCGACCCUUUGUCAUUUUUUAAUUCUUCAGUUAAUUCCAGCAUAAUGCACAUUAUACUGAAGUUGAGUCUUCUCUUGGAACAAAUACAGUGCAUCUCUGCAUAUGUUGGAUUCUUUUGUCUUCGUUGUGAUCUCAUUCUGCUUGACUUCUUCCUGAUGUCCAAGGAGAAGAAGAGGAUCAUCAAGAAAGUUACCUCCGGGAUCACUGGGAAUCCUCACAAUAGGCCAAAGCAUUGGCAUGCUCCGAGCCAUGAGGACGAACACGGGAGAAAAACGGAUCCAAGAAAGAGUGAGGAAGUUGGACCAAUCUCGAAGCUCACUUUCUUCGGUAAACCGACGGUGUUCAUUCACAGACAAGCAACAAACAAGUUUGUAUUCUACGGAGACAGCAACAUGCUCACCAACAAGCUACCAUCAUCCAUCCACGCGAUUCCAUUAGACCGCAAUCUGGUGGAACUCAGUGGCCAAGAUCAAAAACACGUGAGAGACUCUUAUGUUGUUCUUGAUACCAGAGUCCCUGAAGCAGUACGUGGGGAAAAUGGAUGGGGAAGUCAAAAAGCCCAUCGAGUUGCACUGGCAGGGCAUGGAAAAAGUUACGGCAUUGCCCCUGAUGGAAAACUGUUACAUUCAACAUCAUAAGCGCUCUUCCCUUUGGUAUGGAGGAAAGAGCAGAAAGAGGAAAUUCUUGCAAAAAUUUCAAGAAAUGAUAGGGAAUGUGGUCAAUUCCAGUAAAGCUGCCAUUCAUGCGCUACAAUUGGAGCCUCCAUGCAAGCUCCAGGAUCCAAGAUAUGUUGAAGGAACUUGUACAAGAAGGUGAAACUAGAGCAGCAAACUGCAACCCCUCAUCAAGACUUAAUCACGUGCUUGUUGAGUAAGCACAAUGAAGAAAAUGAAUGAGUUGUGACUGACAAGGAAAUUCUGCAUAAUAUCGUGCUUGUCAUGGUUGCUGGACAUGAUACCUCAUCCAUACUUAUAGCUUUUAUGCUGCGUCUUCUAUGUAAGAAUCCCGAUGUUUGUAAAGCAGUUUUUCACGGUGAACAUCCUCUAAUCCUAGCAUCUUUUUAGAUUUGUCAAAUUUGCAUAGAGAUUCCUGCAGCACAAAAAGGAAGGAAAAUCGAAACAAAACAAAGAACUUGUUCAAACCUAGUUCACUCUUGAACUAUGACUCAAGCUGCAUAAGGACCAUGGACGAUCUCUAUCUUGCUGAUGGAUCCCGGAUGGCUUGACAAUUAAGAAGAAGAGAUAGCAAAAAGCAAGACUUCAGGAGAACCUUUAACUUAGGAAGACCUUGCCAGGAUGAAGUACACAUGGAGAGUAGCGAUGGAAACUUUAAGGAUGGUUCCGCCUGUUUUUGGUGGCUUCAGGUUAGCUUCAAGGGAUAUUGAGUAUGGUGGGUACCUCAUUCCUAGAGGCUGGCAGUCUUCUGGGCAUCGAACAUGACACAUAUGGAUGAGAGCAUAUUCCCGAAGCCAUCAAAGUUUGAUCCUAGUAUAUUUGAAAAGCAGAAGUCAGUACCACCCUACAGCUUUAUUCCUUUUGGAGGAGGGCCUCACAUAUGCCCAGGAAAUGAAUUUGCAAGGAUUGAAACCCUUGUUGCAAUCCAUUAUCUGGUCACUCUGUACUUGUGGGAAUUAUGUUCAGAUGAUCAUUACGUUGGGGAUCCCUUGCUAGUACCAACUCAAGGACUACUGUUUCAGAUCGUGCCAAAGAUACAGAAAUGAAGUACAAUUCUUUGCUCGACUAUCUAGGACUUUAAGCGUGCCACCUUCACAGGACUUCGCUACAUCAAACAUCCCUGUGGUGACAAUAAAGUUAAGACACCAUAAACACAAGCAAGAAGCCAAUGGUUUGAGAAGCUCUUCCGAAUAACAUAACCAAGAGCAUUUUGCCCAGGUUGUAUGUUCUCAAUUGGAUGAUGCUAUGUGCAUGUGGUCAGUAUAAAUUUGACAGUUCGCUUGACUCCCUGUAUCCAUGCGAUCUUCCAUAUCUUAGCCCCUCUAGAAACUAUCGAUGCUUUUGAUAUUACUUAAAAUAAAUGGGGAUUGAACAGAAAAGGGAAUAUGUGGCCUCUCUCCUAAAUUCUUCUUUUGCUUUUCCAACUUCUUUGGGUUGGUUUUAAUCUAAUUCUAUUUUUUUUUCCUUUUCUUCUUUCUUGCUUUUUACCUGACACAGCAAAAUAUUCCAAAAAAAAAAAAAAAAAGAAAAGAU